AUGGGCGGCUACCGUAUUCGCGAUUCUUCGAACAAAGAGUAUGCCUUUCGAUCAGCGGAACUCUACGAACUGGUUAAAAGAAAAAUGGCCUUGCUUCCUAAAAUUAGUAUCGACGAUCUAAAUGAUUGGAGUGAUGCUGAUGGCUUUGUAAAAGGUCUCGCUUUGUUUCAAUCUACCUACUCUUUAGUUAUGGCCUUUUCAAGACUCCACCAGGGUCUUCACCUCACUACGUUGGAAGUAGAAACUAUACCUCUUAUUUUCGCGACUUGGUGGGCGUAUUUCUUUUGGUGGAAAAAGCCGGUCAACAUCCAGUGUCGGACUUUGGUACAAUGUGAAGAGCUGGAACCCAACACUCUUGCUGACAUUGCUCAUGAGCUUUCCAAGCCCGCGAACUGCGAUUCGAACAGCUACUGGUGGAGGCCGGUUCCUCGAGAGCUUCAUCAGGUCGGUUGGGACUUCUACUGGUUCGAAAGCAGACUUGAAUUUUCAAGUGGAAAGCUCAAGAGCCCCUGA